UCCAACCUACGAAUUCACUAUGCGCAUCUCCAACGUUCUAUUCUGUUUGUGGCUCGGGCGUGUUGCAACUGCCCAACCUGAUGCAACUGCGAGCCCAGACUCAGAAUUGACACACGCCGAACGAACACGCUGCAUCGACCAGUCUGCUCCCCUUGUGGUCAAUACGAACAGUUCGCAGGUUUGUGUAGACAAUCGCUCGGCCGACGGCGAGGGGUUUACCUGCUAUCUUACUCUGGACUGCGACCUGUUUCUCUACAAAUACCCUUGCUGCGAAGCCUCGGAUGAUAACCAAAUUCUUACGGGGAGUCGUUGGCCCACGAACACACCCGUGGAACCAACUCAAGUGAUGGAAAGCAUGAAGGCGAGCAUGAGUAGCAUGCUUUCACCGACUUCGACCGCUCCAAGCUCCACGCCUCCUCCUACGCCUUCGCCGACAUCGGAUACUACUCCUUCGAAUGCAGUAACGAAUUCGUUCAGCUAUUCUGUUAUGAAGCUGAGUCUUUUGUGUACUCUGUGGGCGUUUGUCAAAAUUUCUUAG